AGCUUGGCAGCCCGGGGCUGGGAUCCCCAGGAGGCAAGCCAGCAAGCCAGAAGCAAGCAAUCAAGCCUUCGGGACUGCAGACCGAAAAUGAUGGGGUGGCAAUCGGAGGCACGGAGGCCUGGGAUGCUAGCAGCUUGGGGACCCAGGAGGACAGGCAAGAGGGGCCCGGGGCCACAGCAGCUGGUACCUCUGCCCAGGAGGGGGAUGGGGUGCAAAUAGACUCCUCACUGCCUUGCACCAACCCAGGGACCUAGGAGCCGCUGCUGUCACCGUGCGCUAAAUCUCCAAGUCUCCCAAGUUGGGGGAUCCCCCCAGGACCUGGCUCUGGAUCUGGACCAACCUAGGGGGGACCGGGCAGCAAGGGAAGAGCUGCCCAGCCCAGCGGAAAGCGCACCCAAGGGCGUUCUCCCCGCCCCCGGGCCCGCCCCAAGAGCCGCUAUCACCUCCACCCGGCCGCCACCUCCUCCCGCCGGCUCCUGGGUCCACCCCGGGGUCCCCUCCCUCGAGCACCAGAGCACCAAGUUGGCCGGAACCUAUAAAAGCCGGGGAAUUUGCACCCCGCGCACACCCCACUGUACCAGCUGCACACCCUCCUGUCUUGAGCUCCAGGACCCUGCGGUGCGAUCAUGUCACAUCACUGGGGAUACGGCAAGGACAACGGACCUGAUCACUGGCAUAAGGAUUUCCCCAUUGCAAAAGGAGAGCGCCAAUCCCCGGUGGAUAUCAACACCAAGACAGCUAUUCAUGACCCUUCCCUGAAGCCCCUGACCGUGAGCUAUGAACAAGCCACAUCCCGGAGAAUCGUGAACAAUGGUCACUCUUUCAAUGUGGAGUUUGAUGACUCCCAGGACAAAGCAGUGCUGAAAGGAGGACCUCUCUCUGAAAAUUAUCGGCUGAUCCAAUUUCAUUUUCACUGGGGUUCCGCUGAUGGGCAAGGCUCUGAACAUACUACGGAUAAAAAGAAAUACCCUGCAGAGCUUCACCUAGUCCAUUGGAAUACUAAGUAUGGAGAAUUUGGAAAAGCUGUACAACAACCCGAUGGAUUAGCUGUUUUGGGUGUUUUUUUGAAGAUUGGCGGUGCUAAUCCGGGUCUUCAGAAAGUCCUUGAUACCUUGGAUUCCAUUAAAACUAAGGGUAAGAGUGCUGACUUCUCCAACUUUGACCCCCGUGGCCUCCUUCCAGCAAGCUUUGACUUCUGGACCUAUCCAGGCUCACUAACUACUCCUCCUCUACUGGAAUGUGUGACCUGGAUUGUGCUCAAGGAACCUAUUAGUGUUAGCAGUGAGCAGAUGUCGAAAUUUCGCAACCUCAAUUUCAACAAGGAGGGUGAACCCGAGCAGCUCAUGGUGGACAACUGGCGCCCAGUUCAGCCUCUGAAAAACAGGCAAAUUAAAGCUUCCUUCAAAUAAGAGGAUCUUAGAGCCAGCACUUAAUAUUAUUUUUCAUUUCCCUUUAGCUAAGCACAAAUCUACCUGGGUGAACUUUGGACCCCGACUGCUUUGCAUCUGUUUUUCUAUACGUUUCAUCUCUCACCUAACUUACUAAUAAAAUGUGAACAGCUAGAUCAAUUAUCUUGCUUGGCAGAAUUGCUGUGACUGGUGCUUUGUUCAUGGCAUAGUCAUGGCAUAGUCAUGGCUUAUUCUUAUAAAGAAUAAGCAAAAGAAUUUUGGCAUUGGUCACAGCCCUUGUAGUAACUGUUCACUAAAAUGCUUUUUAAAAAAAAAAUAGGAAAGAAUGAUUGGGUGCAAUUCUAGGUCAUGAUAUAAAUCAAGCCAUAGAAGGUAAUUCAGGUAAAAUAGCUAUGAAGCCAUGUAAUGUUAAUCUGAUUCAAGAAAUGUCCAUGAGCCUAAGAUGUUAUAUAAAAGAAUAACAUUUAAAAUUCUUAUAUAUUUGUAGCAAUGUUAUCUUAAAUAUAAAUUAUGUUGUAUUUUAGUGACUUUUGAAUUACAGAGAUGUAUAUUAAGUAUUAUCUGUAAAAAUUGUUUUAAUUAUAGUUGUGAUACAGAGUAUAUUUCCAUUCAAAUAAUAUAUCAUAACUUAAUAAAUAUUGUAUUUUAGAUAUAUUCUCUAAUAAAAUUAAGAAUUAUA